AUGGCCACCACAUUCUUGCAAACUUCUUCCACCUUUGGAGGUGGCUCUACCCGAGGGGGUUCCCUCCGUGCUGGUGGAGGCGGCUUUGGUGGAGGGAGUCUCUACGGGGGAGGUGGGAGCCGAAGCAUCUCUGCUUCUUCUGCUAGGUUUGUCUCCUCGGGGGCAGGAGGGGGAUAUGGGGGCGGUAUGAGUUGUGGUUUUGGUGGUGGUGCUGGUAGCGGUUUUGGUGGAGCCUUUGGUGGGGGUUUUGGUGGUGGCUUUGGUGACUUUGGUGGUGGCGAUGGAGGUCUCCUCUCUGGCAAUGAGAAGAUCACCAUGCAGAACCUCAAUGACCGCCUGGCCUCCUACCUGGACAAAGUACGUGCCCUGGAGCAGGCUAACACGGAGCUGGAGGUGAAAAUCCGAGACUGGUACCAGAAGCAGAGCCCAGCCAGUCCGGAGCGAGACUACAGCCAUUACUUUAAGACCAUGGAAGAGAUCCGGGACAAAAUACUGGCGGCCACCAUUGACAACUCACGUGUCAUCUUGGAGAUUGACAAUGCCAGGCUGGCAGCGGAUGACUUCAGGCUCAAGUAUGAGAACGAGCUGGCCCUGCGCCAGAGUGUGGAGGCCGACAUCAACGGGCUGCGCAGGGUGCUAGACGAGCUGACCCUGGCCAGGACCGACCUGGAGAUGCAGAUUGAGCACUUGAAUGAGGAGCUGGCCUACCUGAAGAAGAAUCACGAGGAGGAGAUGAAAGAGUUCAGCAGUCAGCUGGCGGGCCAGGUCAAUGUGGAGAUGGACGCUGCACCUGGGGUGGACUUGACCCGCAUGCUGGCCGAGAUGAGGGAACAAUAUGAGGCCAUUGCGGAGAAAAACCGUCGGGAUGCAGAGGCCUGGUUCUUCAGUAAGACGGAAGAGCUGAACAAGGAGGUAGCUUCCAACACAGAAAUGAUCCAGUCCAGCAAGACGGAGAUCACAGACCUGAGACGCACCAUGCAGGGGCUGGAGAUCGAGCUGCAGUCCCAGCUCAGCAUGAAAGCCGGGCUGGAGAACUCUCUGGCAGAGGUGGAGUGCCGCUAUGCCACACAGCUGCAGCAGAUCCAAGGGCUUAUUAGCAGCCUGGAGAGCCAGCUGAGCGAGCUCCGCUGUGAGAUGGAAGCUCAGAACCAGGAAUAUAACAUGCUGCUGGACAUCAAGACUCGGCUGGAGCAGGAGAUCGCCACUUACCGCAACCUGCUUGAGGGCCAGGAUGCUAAGAUGGCUGGCAUCGGUGUCAGGGAAGCCUCCCUGGGAGGUGGCAGUGGCGGCGGUAGCAGCAGCAGCAAUUUUCACAUUAGUGUGGAGGAAUCGGUUGAUGGAAAGGUGGUUUCUUCCCGUAAGAGAGAAAUCUAA